AUGAGCGCGAUUCUCUCCGCCGACGACCUGAAUGACUUUAUAUCGCCUGGUGUCGCGUGCAUCAAGCCCAUCGAGACCUUGCCAGCCAAAGAGGCGACCGGUUCCAACGCGUACGAAGUCACCACCGAAGAGAAGGCCGCUGCCGCAGAACCACCGCCGCCCGCGCAGAUAUCGCUCACGGACUGCCUUGCCUGUUCGGGGUGCGUCACGAGUGCCGAGGCUGUGCUGGUCCAGCUCCAAUCGCACAACGAGGUCCUGUCGACGCUGGACGCACACCCGUCGCUGAAUCCACCAUGGCUGGCGCACAACGGGACGAAUGGAUUCGCAAAUCCUCACACACACAUAAAUGGCUGCAACGGGCAUCAAGCUGAAGGAAAGCUGUUCGUGGCUAGUGUGUCGCCCCAGGCGCGCGCGAGUCUGGCAGCAGUCUUCGGUGUGAGCGAGGAAGAAGCCGGGAAUAUGAUUACACAGCUCUUGAGUGGGCCAUCCGGUCUGAAAUCCGGGGGGCACCAAGGCAGCGCGUUCACGUGGGUCAUCGACACAAACGCAGUGCGCGAGGCAUGUCUGGUCGCGGCCGCAGACGAAGUCGUAACCGCGCUCUCACCAGAGACGGAGAAGACGCCCUCGAAGCCAGGCACCGAAGGCGCAAUCGACACCACACCGAAAGGACCCAUCCUCACAUCAGCCUGUCCCGGCUGGAUAUGCUACGCCGAAAAGACACAUCCCUACGUUCUCCCCCAUCUCUCGCGCCUCAAGUCACCGCAAGCACUUACCGGCACGCUUCUCAAAUCCGUGCUCAGCCAGCGCUACAACAUCCCACCCUCGCAAAUCUGGCACCUCGCCAUCAUGCCCUGCUUCGAUAAGAAACUCGAAGCCAGCCGCAGCGAACUUACCUCGGCAGCCUGGCUGCCGAACCACGAUCCUGCAGAGCCCAUCCGCGACGUCGACUGCGUCAUCACAGCGCGCGAGCUGCUACAUCUCGCCUCCGCUCGCAACCUCUCCUUCUCUAGUCUCCCUCGUACACCACUUGCCGACCGAACGCCUUUCCCCGAUUCCAAACUCGACGCCUUCCUGUUUCCUUCCACUCGACCAAGCCGAAGGAACCAGUCCCGAGACGCAGGCUCUUCGGGUGGCUAUCUGUACCACAUCCUCCAAACCUACCAGGCCGCCCACCCUGGGUCCACCGUGACCGUCUCGCGCGGGCGCAACGCAGAUGUGGUAGAAUACACCCUCACGUCCGGCUCUGAGACCAUCAUACGCAUGGCGCGCUUCUACGGGUUCAGGAAUAUUCAGAACCUCGUUCGACGUCUCAAGCCCGCCAAGAUGAGCCGGCUGCCAGGUGGAAAGACAGGCGCUGUAAGAAGACCGGGCGGUGGCGUGGUAGAGACAAAGGAUUACGCCUACGUCGAGGUCAUGGCGUGCCCCGGUGGGUGCACAAACGGCGGAGGACAGGUCAAAGUCGCCGAAGUCGAAAGCCUCCGAGUUGCAGAAAAGCUACAAGAUCCGGCGUUGAUCGACGACGUACCAGCGAUCAAGCCCGGGCCCAAGGAGCAGAAAGAGUGGCUGGCCAAGGUCGACGAGGCGUACUUCUCUGGCAGCGACUCGGACACUGACGCCGACGCCGAAGGAGCCACGCAAACGCACGAGGCCAACGACAGCGAAACCGACACGGACACGGACAUGAUCAACGGCAUCGACAGGACACACAUCAAAGACACCGUAGCGCACUGGUCAGCCCUGACCGGCGUCGACACGCAGAGCCUGCUGUACACGAGCUACCGCCGAGUCGAGAGCGACGUGGGCAAGAAGCAGCAGAGCGACAUGGACCGCGUGGCCGGGCUUGCUGUCACCGUUGGCGGGGGGUGGUAG